ACAGGAGAACGCCCCAUCCGUCUGCCCCGUGUGUCAAGCGGGAACAGCGCACCAGUGAGGCUUGAACCCAGAGGAGUCAUGUCGGAGAGUGGGUGUCAGGAAGCCCCGGGGUCCCUAGAGCCCGCUGGCGUCGAGGGGAACCAUGGAUUCAGCCCGCCGAUCGGCAACAGGGUGACCGUGGUAUUGGGGGCGCAGUGGGGCGACGAGGGGAAAGGCAAAGUGGUGGAUUUAAUAGCGCAAGAUGCGAACAUCGUGUGCAGAUGUCAGGGUGGCAACAAUGCGGGUCACACCGUAGUGGUGGAUUCGGUGGAGUACGACUUCCACCUCCUCCCCAGCGGCAUCAUCAAUCCUAAGGUCACUGCCUUCAUCGGUAAUGGGGUGGUUAUCCAUCUUCCCGGCCUGUUUGAAGAGGCGGAGAAGAACGCCCUCAAAGGAAAAGGUCUUAAGGACUGGGAUAAGAGGUUGAUCAUCUCAGACCGGGCACACAUUGUGUUUGACUUCCAUCAAGCGGUCGACAGGGUGCAGGAGCAGCUGAGGAAAGAGCAAGUGGGCGGGAACCUGGGAACCACGAAGAAGGGGAUCGGACCUGUGUACUCUGCCAAGGCCGCGCGGAGCGGGCUAAGGAUAUGCGACCUCAUGUCAGACUUCACGCAGUUCUCUCAAAGGUAUAAGGUGCUAGCCCAGCAGUACAAGUCCAUGUACCCCACUCUGGAGAUAGACGUGGAGGGGGAGCUGCUCAGACUCAAGGACUACGUGCAGAGGGUCAAGCCCAUGGUGAGAGACGGGGUGCACUUCAUGUACGAGGCCCUCCAUGGUCCUCCUAAGAAGAUCCUGGUGGAAGGGGCCAACGCUGCUCUCCUGGACAUAGACUUUGGCACCUACCCGUUUGUGACCUCCUCCAACUGCACGGUGGGCGGCGUGUGCACGGGCCUGGGGAUGCCCCCCCGCAACGUGGGUGAGGUGUACGGCGUGGUCAAGGCCUACACCACCAGGGUGGGCAUCGGAGCCUUCCCCUCUGAGCAGUGCAACGAGAUUGGUGAACUGCUUCAAACCAGGGGCAAAGAAGUGGGCGUGACUACCGGCAGGAAGAGAAGAUGUGGUUGGCUGGAUCUGGUGCUCAUCAAAUACGCCCACAUGAUCAACGGCUUCACAGCCCUCGCCCUGACCAAGCUGGACAUCCUUGACGUUAUGGAUGAGAUCAAAGUGGGCGUGGCCUACAAAGUGGACAACCAGUCUAUACCUCAUUUCCCAGCCAAUCAGGAAGUGCUGCACCGCGUGGAGGUCCAGUAUGAAACCCUUCCUGGCUGGAAGAGUGACACCUCCGCUGCCCGGACCUUCGAGGAGCUUCCAGAGAACGCUCAGAACUAUGUGCAUUACAUAGAAGAGCAUCUCAGAGUGCCAAUCAAAUGGAUCGGAGUUGGCAAGUCCCGGGAGUCCAUGAUCCAGCUCUUCUGAGAGGAACGCGGCGGGCCCAGUGGCCAAACCACCUGUAUUCUGCUGACCCCUUUCUCUACCCUCCCCUUGUUUUUAGAUUUUUCAUAUUUUUAUGCUGUUUUAUGUUGUGUCCCCUCGGUAAGCUAUCUCAACGAAAGGAAAGCCCCUCCCAUGUUUCAGAGAAAUGGAACAAUCCCACGGUGGUCGCAGAUCCGGAGCGCCCUCUCGAAAAAAGACUCACUGGAACCUGAGUGGUUGAAGUCCAGCGCAUUGCUCAUCAACCUAUGCCUUCUUUGUUUUGGUUUCAUGUAUUUUCCUGGUUGGGCGGGGGGGGGCUUUGCUUGGUGGCUCGCUGCCCUGACAACGGUUUUCUGUACAGCCGAGUAUUUAUUUUGAUUACUGAUUUCGGUGUUGAUUGGGUGGUGGUAGUCUAGUGUUACCUGGUGGGGUUCCUCGUAGCAACCGAUGAGAAUAAUAAUGCCAACACAGUGAUUGAAAACAAACUAACAACCUCUAUACAGAGUUGGGGACGGGAGAUGCAGGCUAGAAGAAUUAAGAGGUUUGGGAUCGUUAUGCAGGUUGUGGGGAUCAGUGUAUUACAGAUGAAGGGGGUUAAGGAUAAUCGUUCAACUGUAACAUUUGGUCUUUUGAUACACUGGGAUAGCAGCAAGCUCUGUUAAAGGUAUUCUCUAGCGUCAAUAUUUCAGAGGGGGCCGUGGCUACAGAGAUGUAAAGUAACUAUACGUUCUCGAAUUGAAAAACAAUAUUUCAUUUCUAGAAAUGUAUUGUUGUCUUACACAUAUCAUCCUUAAAAAAUGUUACCAUGAUAUUCAACGGUGUUUCCGAUAAAUUAUUUAAUUUACCUGAAUCAGUAACACAUAUAUUUAUACUGUUGUCUGCUAUUUCUUGAGGAGUGUUUUGUGUACUUGUGUCUUUGUGCAUGACUGAGAGAGCAUGUCCAUGUUUGCUUAUGCUAUGAUUUUAUCCUUUAUUGAUGUUUUUAUUGUUUGAAACCAAUACCCACCUACCGAACAUUUAAAAAGCAGUAUCCCAACACCAUGGUAUUAUUUUGGGACAUAUUUAAUGAACUAAAUUCUAGAUUAACACAGAUCAGAAAAGUAUCGUACAAUUGUGUUCAAACAGUAAAGGUUUAUUGUCAAAAUGGGAUCCAUAACUCUGACCUGUUGUAAUGAACAUAGAUUUUUACCAGUGGAGAAUCUUUAGACUGUAUGUCUUUCACAACUGUAUGACUUUACACUGGAUACAAACAAAAGGGAUUUCUUUCAUCAGUAAUCGUUUCUUAUUGACCUGUAUCUGAUGAAAUCCAAUUCCAUAUAUAUAUAUCUAAUAUAUGGGUGAACCUGACUCAAAAUCGUUAAUCUGUAUUCAACUUAAUAAUCAACCAUUCUACGUUGCCAAAAGACCGGAAACACAUUGUAAGGGAACUUCACUCUUAACAUUUAAAAUGAGAUAGAACACAAAAAAUAGAGAAAUAAAUGUAAAGUUUAUAAUGAUAACACCAGUGCCUAAUAGAAUAACUAUAAAAGUAAAGUAAAUUGAAUAUAAUAAGUUAACAAAAAACAGAAAAGCAAAAUGGAAACGUAAUAUUGCACAUGAUAUUAAAAAGUGAAGAUUCUGGUGAUAUUGAUAUUAUGGUUCUCCCUCCUGGAGCAGGGGGAGAGGUUCUACCGUUGGAUACCCCCUGUGGUGCUUCCCCUCAGGGGUCUCUCCGCUGUAAAGGGGUUCUGAUGGGACUCCAGUGUGGCGUUCAGGGAAUGAGAGGCUUAGUCCAUAACACCAAGUGGUUUUUCUCAGCCUCCGCCACCAGAGACUCGGUUCAGCUCCAAGGAAAGAGCAGACUGUCUUUUGGCACCAGACACUAAGGGUUACUCACAGUCUACUACAUGGUCAUUCACACACGCAUUAACACAAUUCCUGAUGCUUAGAAGUGUAACUGCAAUUUGUCACACACACUCAUACAGUUACUCACACUAGCAAAUGUAACUUGAAUGGGGGUGAAUGUUGAACGUGGUAUCGAAGUGAUGUUAUGAAUUGUCGCUGACAGCCAUUUAAAAUGUUUGCAAUGGAUAUGUAUUUACUCUUUUACGGGACAUCAAGCCAAAAAUAAAUGUGUUUGUGUUUAGAAAUGUGUCAACAAAAAAUGCUGAUGUGCUGACGAAGUACACUCUGUGUUGUAGAGUAAGGGGGACUGUCGGACCAGCAGCAGGGAAGAUUUUGUUAUUAAAUUAAAAAUAUUAUUUACAAAAAUCUCAAAAAAAUAUUCAACAGAAUAUUUUACACUACAUUAAAACGACUAUAGAAACUA